GUAACAACUAUGAUGGAUGAGCAAGACUUCUUAGUAAGAGAUCAAUUAGUCAGUGAUAUUAAAUCUAUCAAGAAGACACUUAAAAGUUGGACUAAAGUGUUUACAUAAAUCAUGGAAUUACAAGUGUAGAAUUCCAAAUAGCAAAAUCAGAAUGUAUCAUCUUAUUAAUGUUGCAUAGACUAUUCUGAUUCAGUAGAUAUUGUAAUACUUCUCUAAGCCAAAUAAGAAACCUCAAUAAAUGCCAAUCUCUCCAAUUCGAAGGAUGGGACAUAAAACUGAGCCAGAUGAUUUCUUUGUUAGAAAAUAAGAAGAUACAGAGAUAUAUAAUAAUGAAAACCUUCAAAAUGAACUGAACAAUCCUAAAAAAGUAAAAUUAAUAUUUAUUUUAGAUAUCCAUACUUAAUUAUUAAGGAACACCUUUUGAUAGUGCUUACUAAAGCAUCAAUAGAGAAAUGCAAUAAUAUUAUGAACCUGAAAAUUAAGUUACAGAAUAAUCAGCAGAUGUAUUUAAGAAUUACAACAAAAUUGGUCAGUAGAAUGUAAAAGCUUCUAUUCAAAUGGAAGGAUACUCACUUCCUUAUAGCACUAAAAAUAACACUGAAAGAAAACAAUUAAUUUAACCCUGCACACUUUCAUCAAAAUAGCUGUAAAUGUAAGAAUCUAAAGAAAAUAUGAAAAUUUCUAAAUAACUUGAAAUGAAAAAAAUUAAAAUUAAAGACCAAAGAUUAUCAACUGUUGUUGAAGAACCAUCUGCCUUUAUAACUAGUUCAUAAGCAACUAAAUGUAUUUAGUCAAUUUAUUUUAGAGGUACUUCUUAGUAUUGAAGGAUCUUAAAAUAUUGCACAAUCCUGUUAAAAUAAAAAUUCCAUUGCAGGAUUUGAAUUCUAAAUUCCUUUACAAUCAUCUAUUUCUAAAACACCAAAUAACAAUACUAAACCCUAAAAUUGUUUUGCAGAUAAUACCAGAUCAGGCUCUAAAUCUUUGUAUUAAAAUAACAUUCCUUAGAAUAUUCAAUUUAUUAACAAUUCUAAUAAUAAAUAAAAUCCAAUUAAAUAUGAGUAUCUUAGUUCAGUAUUGAUAUUUAUUUUUAUUUAAUUAGAGAGCAAAAAGUUAUAGUGAUUAAAAUAGUAAAAGACAUUAGAGUAAAAAAUGUUUAGAUUUAGAAUUAAUUGACAAAUAAUAUGAAAAUAGUUAAGAAAUCCUGAAAAAGACAAACACUAUGCGUAAAACAUGA